ACUCUUACUAUAGUUUGGUUUAUUAUUUUCAUUGAUUAGUUGACAUGCUAAUAUCUGUUACAUAUAAUCGUUAAUUGAUUGUAUUGUUCUUGAGAGAAUUACUGUCAUUUAUUGGAAGGAAUAUAAAAUCUCAGCUGAUUUUAUGUUCUUAUCACGUGAUAACAAACACAUGGUUAAACCAUGAUGAUUUACUUUUGAAUGGAAGCAUUUUUUUGUUUACAUUUCAAUCAAAUGGUUUGAUUUUCCUUCUUUAAUUAGAUGAUGUGAUUUGUGUAAAUAUUUUGAAUUGAAUUUUUUCUUUUUAAUUUGAUUUGUGUUUCAACAAUGUUUUCUUCCAAUUGUUGGCGGAUCCGUGGUUGUCUUUGCUAUCGACAAUUGUUUUUAUCAUCUUCCAUUAACAGUAAACUCAACUAUUCAUCAACGAAAACCUCAACCAUGUUUGCUGAGAAAAGUGAAGAUGAUAAAUUAUCCAAUUUACAACAACAAUCAAGUGUUUCUCUAAUGGUUAUUGACGAGGAAGAGGAAAGGUUAUCAUCAAUAUUAUCUUCUUUGAAAGAAAUGGCUGCUACAACGGCCGAGAAAAAGUUACCCGUUAAAAGGAAAGGUGACAAAACUCUCGCUGAAAAUCAUUUACGAACGACGUUAAAAUCUUAUCUUUUUGCUUGUUUAAAUGCUAAUAUGAUCGAUCGAGCACAGAAAAGUUUCACCUUCUACAGAUUUUCUUUCAAAAAAGAUCCUAAUUUCAAUCCUGUUGACCUUUCCAUCUUUAAUUUAAUGAUCAAAGGUUGGGCCGAGAAAGGAGACAUCCGACAAAUUAAACAUCUAAUCAACUCAAUGAGACACAAUAAAAUUAAACCAGAUAUGGAUACAUAUUCAGCCGUAUUAUUGGGACUGAUUAAUCAAGAUAAUAUCGACCUUAUUGAAUUGGACAAUUUACUACGAACCAUUGAAGGAACUGGACAUUUAUUAGAAAAUCUUCUAAUCGAUUCAAAUCUGACACUUACCCAGAAAAGGAAGAUUAAGAAAAAGUUACAUGAAUUAUUACCGACAGUUAAAUUUAGGACAACUCAAGAUUCUUCAACUUAUCCUUGUGAUUUACUGAAAGAAUUUGAAAAAUUGAAACGAACCGACUAUGAGGUUAUCCCGGAAGAUUAUAAACACUUAAUAAAAGAUUGGUACCAUGAACAGAUCAACCAUGAGCGUCGAGGUAAAGUGUUAAUUAAAUCAGUAUUCAACGAGGAUUCAGUUAAAAUGGAUAAGCACCGAGAAUCCUGGCAAAAGUGUAUCAAAGAUUGGAGGAGUUGUGUUGGUAAAGGUUUUCGAGAGAAUUUGAAAAUUUUGAAGACUCGACUUGACACCGACAAUGGAAUCACCAUAUUACCUUACCUGUGUACCAUGAAGCCCGAUGAUUAUGUGGACAUAAUCAUGGAUUCAUUUUUUGAUUUUCUCCGAUACAAUUCCGGUUACUCGCCACCAAUUAAUUUCCUUUAUCGUGAUAUUGGUAAAAGAUUUGCCAACAAGUAUUAUGGUUAUUUGAAGACUCGUCAUUAUCCUGAAUGGUUAGAUUAUUAUGAGAGUUUACUUGAUUAUUAUCAAGAUCCACGUAAAUUGGGACAAUUUAAGCUUCGUGGUUACAUCAAUCACUUAAUUAAUCGUGAUGGUGGUAACAUUAAUCCAGAUUUCAGUGAUUUUCAUCUAACCGAUUCUCUACUCAAUUUGAUUGGAAAAUUUUUCUUUGAAAUAAUAAUUACAGAGAUUAAAUUUGAUCCAAAAAUGGUAUCACCUAAAUCAAAAGUUCGAACAAAAUUUCCCGUUUUGUUUACCAUUUAUGGUUCAAGAGAUUCGCAUACACAUGAAGAGAUUCGAGUGAACAAAGUUUUUCGAACCUUCUAUCAAUCUCUUGGUACCCAAGAGAUACCCUUCCAAACCAGCUUAUUACCGAUGUUAGUGCCUCCGACUCCUUGGGUUUCCAUUCAAAAUGGCGGCUACUUACUCAGUGAGUCAGAUUUUAUUCGUCCAGUGGGAAGUGACGAAGAUUCAUCGAUAAGUCUUGAUCUUGCUUCUCGUCACAACAUUUCACCAAUUUUUGAUUCUCUUAAUACUUUAUCGAUGGUCGCCUGGAAAAUAAAUACAAAGAUUCUCGACAUUCUUGUUGGCCUUUUUCGUGAUUGUGGUGAUUUGAGCUUGGAUAUACCUCUUCAUGAUUCAAAGAUGCCUCCACUUCCUAGUUUUGUUAAUGCCAAAACUAAUCAAGAGCGAUUUGUAAUUGUCCAAAAACGAGCCAAGAUCAAACAAGAAAAGCAAGAAAUGUAUAGCCUUUGGUGUGAAUGUUUAUACAAAUUAUCCAUUGCUAAUUUCCUUCGCGAGAGGAUAUUUUGGUUUCCAUAUAACAUUGAUUUCAGAGGUCGUGUUUACACUUGUCCACCUCACCUGACCCACCUUGGUAAUGACAUUUCUCGGUCGUUACUCUUAUUUGCCAAAGGAAAACCUUUAGGACCCAAAGGAUUGGAUUGGUUGAAGAUCCAUUUAAUCAAUUUAACUGGUUUAAAGAAACGGGAAACUAUUCAAACGCGUCUCGAUUAUUGCAAUGAAAUAAUGGAUGAAGUUAUCGAUUCAGCUGAUAAUCCCUUAACUGGACGCAAAUGGUGGUCAAAACAAGAUGACCCAUGGCAAGUGCUUGCUUGUUGCAUGGAAAUUGUUGCCGCUUCUCGAUCACCCGAUCCAGUUAAUCAUGUUACUCAUUUUCCCGUUCACCAAGAUGGUUCUUGUAAUGGUUUACAACAUUACGCUGCUUUAGGUCGUGAUUUAAAAGGUGCAAUCUCUGUUAAUUUAGCAACAUCAAUUAAGCCCAAUGAUGUUUACUCCGAUGUCGCUGAGUUGGUUGAAAAGGAAAGAGCCGCUGAUGCCGCUGAAGGUAAUCCAGUUGCAAUUGCGUUAGAGGGUAAAAUUAAACGUAAAGUAAUCAAACAAACGGUGAUGACUUUUGUUUACGGUGUCACAGUUUACGGUGCAAAACAUCAGAUUCACAAACAAUUAAAGGAAAUUAAAGAUUUCCCUGAAGAUUUAAUCUGGAAGGCAUCAAUUUAUUUGACCAAGAAAACAUUUAAAUCAAUCGCCACCAUGUUUGAAGCAACUCAAGAGAUUCAGAAUUGGUUCACUCGAUGUGCUAAAUUAGUGAGCAAAAAUUUAGGUCUACCCAUGGAAUGGAGGACACCCUUAGGAUUCCCUGUAGUUCAACCUUAUUUCUCUAAUAAGACAAGCCAAAAAGAGUUGGAUCUAGUUUUUCGUAAGAAAUUCAUACCAAAUAUGAUAAAACAACGAAAUGCUUUUCCACCAAAUUUCAUUCAUUCACUGGAUUCUAGUCACAUGAUGUUAACAGCACUCGAAUGUGAAAGACUUGGCCUUAAUUUUGCCGCAAUUCACGACUCCUAUUGGACUCACCCGUGUAAUAUUGAUCUGAUGAACAUCGUUUGCCGACAGAAAUUUAUUUCCCUCCAUUCGGAAGAUAUACUUGGUGAUCUUUCCAGUUUCAUGUUAACUCGAUACACACCUCAGGUCGAAAAACUUGUCUCAAGUCCAGAAAUCGCCGCUGAUGUUUUAAAUCUAUUUAAAUCAGUUCCAAAAAAAGGAACAUUCGAUUUAAAUCAAGUUCAAUCAUCAGUCUUUUUCUUCUCAUGAUCUCAAUCAUAAUCAUCAAAUUGACCAAAAUCUAAUUUAGAUGUUCAAUUAAAUUAAUCAAAGGAAAAACAAAAGCCUUAAUUGUAAUAUUAAUAAUAGAAUCACAAUUUAUGUAAAAAAAAAGAAAUUUAAAAAGUGCCUUAGUGUAAUUAACUGAACUCGACUGAGUUCAUACAUUGUACAAUAAACAAUCAUUAAAAUUAAUUCUCCUCAUUGUAACAUUAAA